AUGCAACUAGGACAAAAGCUGGGCGAUCCAACGCCUUUGGGGAUGGCUGGUUUUGCAACGACCCUUUUGACACUCUCACUUGCCAUGAUGGAGUUCCGGGGAGUUUCCGUCCAAAAUGUCUUCAUCGGAAACUUUUGCUUCGUUGGUUGCAUCGCCCUACUCAUUUCGGCACAGUGGGAGAUCGUAAGAGGGAACACAUUCGGCUAUACUGUGCUCAGUGCAUUUGGUCUAUUCUAUGGCGGUUAUGGCGCUAUUUUGCUGCCCACUCUCGGCAUAGCAGAUUCUUACGGAGGCCAAACACCCGAAUACUAUAAUGCCAUGGGGUUUUUUGUUCUGAUUUGGACGGUCCUUAACACAAUCUUCCUCAUCGCAAGCUUCUCAAUAAACAUGGUUUACUUUGGAACGUUUAUUGCUAUCGAAGUAUGUUUCGGUCUCGAUGCAACAGCAAACUUUGUCCGAGCGGAUGGAAAUAUUGCUCUGAGUGCGACGAUUAUGAAGGUAGGCGGCGCGUUUGGAUUUAUUGCCGGAUUGUUGGGCUUUUAUAUCGUGGCCCAUAAUCUUUGUCAAGAUAGCUUGCCUGUUUGCCUUCCGAUGGGUGAUGCAGCAUCUCUGUCGAAGGCGAGAAGAAGUAUGACCGGAUCAGAAUAA